AUGGAUGAUUGCAAGGUUGUUUCUACACCACUAUGUCCUAAUACCAAACUGUCACAAGAAUGUACCACUGAAGCAGUCCCUUCAACUCUUUACAGGUUUAUCAUUGGUAGUCUACUAUAUCUUAUAGCUUCAAGGCUUGACAUAUUGUACUCAAUGGGUUUAGUGGCUAGAUUCCAGAGUAAUCCCAGGACUUCUCAUUUUCAAGCUGCCAAAAGAAUUCUCAGAUAUGUCAAGGGCACCAUUUCAUAUGGUCUCUACUACAUUUUCUCACCCUCAAUAUCCAUUGCAGCCUUCUCAGAUGCUAAUUGGGGUGGAUCCUUACCUGAUAGAAAAAGUACCUCUGGCUGCUGUUAUGUUCUUGGGUCCAAUGUGGUAUCUUGGCUAAGUAAAAAGCAAGACACUGUCUCUCUUUCAACCUUUGAAGCUGAGUAUAUAGCUGCCUCACAAGUUGGUUCACAAUUACUUUGGAUGCAAACUACACUCUUAGACCUUGGACUUCAAUUUUUAGGGCUCCUAAGUUAUUAUGUGACAACCAAAGUGCUAAUGCUAUCAGCAAAAAUCCCACACUGUACUGGAAAAGCAAACAAAUUGACAUAA